AAGAGUUCCUCACCACCUCAGUAUCGCCAUUUCGUCGAACACGUAGCGCUCACUCUCUCUCUCUUCGCCGAGAAGAUGAUGGGAUCCAUGGGGACCCGCCGCCUCAUUUCCCGCCUCGUUUCCCGCCAACGCUUUCCGCCACCGCCGCGGCCUUUUCGCGCCCUCUCCGCGGGCGCCACCACUCUCCCGCCGCCGCCUCCGGCCCCCUCCGGCGAUCCUCCGCCGCGGUCGGGGGAGGCGCCGCCGCAGGAUGACGGCGCGAAGCCCCACCGGAGGACGACCGGAGGUCGAGCUCGGCGCGGAGUCGCGGGAGACUACGAGGAGGAGCAAACCCUAGUUCUCCGCGCGGCGCUGCCCCACGUCGUGAGGUUGGGAUGGAGCGAAUCGGCGAUGAUCGCAGGGGCGAGGGAUGUGGGGGUUUCGCCAUCGAUCGUUGGAACUUUUCCGCGUAAAGAGGCGGCGCUUGUGGAGGUGAUAAAUUUUUUUAUGGAUUACUGCCUUGAGAGACUUGUCGGCCGUAUCGAUUCAGAAGAGGGAGACAAAUUGAAGGACCUGAUACUUAGUGACCGGCUCUCGAAACUUAUCCGAAUGAGGUUGGAGAUGCAAGUUCCUUAUGCAUCAAAGUGGCCUCAGGCACUGAGCAUCCAGUCACAACCGAUGAACCUCCCGACCAGAAUGAAGCAGCGAGGAGUGCUGGUUGAUGAAAUUUGGCAUGCUGCUGGGGACGCAGGAUUGGAUAUCGACUGGUACGUGAAGCGAACCGUACUUGGGGGCAUAUACUCGACAUCCGAGGUCUACAUGGUCACUGAUAAUUCUCCAGAGCUCGGCGAUACAUGGACGUUCGUGGACCGCCGCAUCAAAGAUGCUCUUGACCUUGAAAAGACCGUUCAGGAGGCUGCAAAUUUAGCCGAGGCAGUCGGAGCCGGGGUGGGCAGCUCAAUGCAGGGGUUCCUUAAGAGAGCUUUUCAAGGAUGAAGUUGUAUGAGAAAGUGCUCAUCCUCUUAAACUAAGAAACUGCUCUUGCUUGUGCUUUCCACUGUGGUGUUGAUGUAAGUAACUCUCUCUGCUUUAGGUGGUCAAUAAAGCAAUUGCAGUUGUUUGCUGCUGCAAUGUUGUAAAUGUACAGCAACUUCUUUUUCGAAAACAAAGAGAAUGAGUGACUUGCAGUUGUUUUCA